AUGUCCGCCCACUUCAUACCGGUUCGUACUGACUACUCUCUGCAGAAGCUGGCCAAACUAUAUGUGUCUGAGAUAGUGAGAUUGCAUGGGGUACAGGCUUCAGUCAUUUCUGAUAGGGAUCCUCACUUCCCGUCUUGGUUCUGGAAGAAGCUACAUGAAGCUCUGGGCGAGCGACGUGUUCUGGGUCUUGAACUGGUUUCUGGUACCGAGGAUAAAGUUAGAUUGAUUCGAGAUCAACUGAAAGCGGCAUCUGAUAAACAAAAGUCAUAUGCAGAUCUGAAGCGUCGAGAGAUAGAGUAUAUUGUGGGGGACUUCGUUUUUCUCAAGUUGGAACUACCUCUAAAAUUGGAUCGGAUCCAUGAUGUUUUCCACGUCUCGAUACUGAGGUGCUACUGCUCUGAUUCCACGCAUAUUGUUUCUAUUGAAGAGAUCAAGAUUAGGCCAGAUCUGACCUUUAAAGAGGAGCCAGUUCAAAUUUUGGAUCGUGAUGUAAAGGUUCUAAGAAGAAAAUCCAUCCUACUGGUUAAGGUUCUCUGGUGUAAUCAUAGCACUAAGGAGGCCACGUGGGAGUCGAAGGAUACGAUGCGACAGCAGUAUCCUCAUCUAUUCUGA